UAGUUUAUUUCAGAGCUUCUACAUCUUCAACUUGAAGAUAGAUACAAAACAUGCCUCCAGCGUUUUUACCUGCGCGAAGUGCGGCUGUGGAAACCGCAUCACUGCACCUGCAGCUGCGCAGAACGAAAAAGCGGGCCGGUGCCGGGAUUGGGUAAAACACACCAAAGAGACACGAUUGAAGCGCUGCCGUAUCUUGCAGAUUUGAAGUCUUCUAUAAACGAACUCGAAGGCUCUUUCCUGCAAGUUGUAAACCCAACCAUCGAUCGUCAAAAUGACGACCGUGAACCAGCUCCCCCCUCCCCCACUGAAGCUGGCCGUCGGCGCCGCGCACAGCUUCGUGAUUGGCGGUAAAUCGGAGAAGAUUUACGCGUUUGGAAAAAACCAAAACAACAUGUUUCAAGACGACAAGCAGCUCUUCAACCGCAUCACCGAACUCCAAAAUCUGAAAUUCGGCAUCAACACAAAAGUGAAGGAAAUCCUGCAGGCGAAACAGGAGGAUAGCUCAUCUUCUUCUGGGGUUUUGCCCAACCGAUUAUGAACUGCAAAAGUAUCGUACUUCUAGUUCUAGUACGUAAUUGGAAUUGCAAUAAAGAUCCAUUUUAGCUUAGCAUGACAGAGGGAAUUUCUCAUGCGGGUUUACCAUAAAAAAAGAUUUGUAAUGCAUGACUGCGAUUACUACGAACGAGUGCGAUAUUACUUUUGCAUAGGAUACCGGUGCAAAAUCUACCAGAUCGCGUCUUCGGGGAACCACGCGCUGGCUCUAGUGAAAAACUCCCCCGAGGCCUACGGCGGGUACGUGAUUGGCUGGGGAUUUGGAAUUCGAGGGAGGUUGGCGCAGCCAGACCCGGCGCUGGGAGGAGAGGGCGCGGAGAUUGAGGACCCCUGGAACGCGCCGUACCCGCUACAUGUCUCGAUACCGCGAUUGGUAUUGAGAAUAACGGCCGGAGCAGAUUUCUCUUUCGCUUUGACGAUCAAUAACGAGGUCUACGCGUGGGGAUGCAAUUCCGAUGGGCAGCUGGGCUUCGGGCAUCAGUACUUUGUGUUUUGCGUUUUAUUAUUUCCUUGCUUUGUGCAUAACAAAAUUAUGUUCCUAUCUAUCAUGUCUAUGUCAAGUUCCGCAUCACAACCUUCACACCCCCAGAGACGACGUGAAGACGGCCCGAAAAAUCCCGGAAUUAUCAAAUGCAAAAAUGUCUGGGUCUAGAAGAUUGGGACUUGUGAUGCUAACUUUGGACUCUAGAAAAUUUUGUAUUGCGUGUCCAGCAAGAGGAGUCUAGUUUGUGUUACGCGGGGAGGGCGUUUGUCAUGCGGAGUAGGCAUCAGGAAGCCCUCUCAAAAUCUGUGAUGCUAGGUCGUGCAUUACAGACAUCCUGGGUCAUGCAAAAUAUGCGUGACAAGUCUCAGAAUCUUCCAGACCCAGACAUUUUUGCAUUUGAUAUGAAUUCGGUCUCGACAAUCCGGCUAUCGAUUUUGCCGCCGGCGCUAGGCACGGCAUGAUCCUCUCGGCUGAAAGGAUGUUGUACGUCGCCGGCGCGACCGCGAACGGAAGAUUAGGCACCGGCUCCCGCGUGAUGCAGGCACAAACGAACGUGACCAGCUGGAGCCUUUUAUCAAGCAAAAAAGUGUUAACGUUAACGGUUUUCGCAGAAUGCAGCCACGCAUGACAAUUCUUGCCUAAUAUGCAUGUUAUGCAUGACAGAUCUGGGCACCUUUUGUCAUGCAUUACUGCAUCACAAAUUCCGCUAUCGUUAACACGUUUCUCUGUGAUACCUUUGCGCCACGUUGAACACGGUUUGCUCCUAUGGUGUGCAAAAGUAUCGCACUCGUACUAAUUGCAAAUAUGCAUGACAAAUGUUUUUCCUAAGGAAAAACAGCAUCAGAAAUUCCACUUGCCUUCUUGCCAAAAUUUCGAAUGCAAUUUAUACUAGUAAGAUACUUUUGCAAUGCAUAGCUUCCAAAUAGCGUGUGGCGAAGCGCACUCUGCGGGGAUAGACGCAGAACGGGGUACGCUGUACACCUGGGGCGCGGCGAGCUUCGGCCGGCUUGGUCACGGUGAUUGUCUCGACGGCCCUCUCCCCUCCGUAGUCCGCGCGUUUGACGAAUCGGCGAAGCAGGUAGCACUCGGAGCUUUUCACACGGUGGUUUUGACCACGAAAGGGAGAUUGUGGGCGUGGGGAACCGGGUCGCCUUUGGGUUACAUGAACGACGGCGACAACGCGAUCGUUGCGAUCCCAAGGCGGAUAAACUUCGAGUUCCUCGGCCCGGUUCUCCAAAUCGCCGCCGGCCCGUUCCACACGGUUGCGUUAUGCAGUAACGGGCGGGUAGCUUGCUGGGGAAACGGAUCACACGGUAGGGUUGGUCAGGGACAAAGCACGAAAAAUGUCCCGAAGCCGAAGUUUUUGUCGGAAUUUGACCAAUCGGCGAUAAGCUCGGACGAAAACUUCUUCUCAGACGCGUUACGGGCAAAUGAAUUCUUCGACAACGGGGAGAAAAAACUGCGGGCGAUUGCCGGGGGGAAAUCCGGCCCAAGUGGUGCGGAUGACGAGGACGACGGGCCCAAGGACAAGAAAUCCGCCUACAAGGUGAAAACCGUGCAGUUAUGCAUUGCAAAAAUGUCUGGGUCUGGAAGGAUCCAACUUGUAAUGCUAAUGCUGGAUCAUGCAAAAAUCUGUGUUGCAUGAAUGCCAAAAGUUAUCCACUUUUGACCAAGUUGAGGGGACGUUUCUCAUGCAGGAUAGGCAUGGCAGGGAUCUCACAGAAUCUGUCAUGCUAGGUCCUGCAUUCCAGACGACGUGGAUCAUCGAAAAUCUGCAUGACAAGUCUCGGAAUCUUCCAGACCCAGACACUUUUGCAUUUGAUAGCAGUGUGGCGCGAUGCAUUCUGGCGCCUUGACGGAAGGCGGGGCUUUGUACGUGUGGGGUGCGGGGGAAAGCGGGCAGACCGGGCAGCGGGGAUCCACCGCGGAUCUUUGGUUGCCGAAGAGGCUGGAAUUUUCUUCUCCCGUGACGAAAAUCGCGUUUGGGUACGAGCACUGUCUGUGCAUAACUUCCAAUAUGGAGUUGUACGCUUGGGGACGGGGUGGACAGGGGCAGUUAGGAAUAAACCAGGCGAAGUCCACGGACAACCCCGUUUUGGUCCAUCUCCCAACGGGCGUUCUCGCAAAGGAGUGCUCCGCGGGGGAAACCCAUUCCGGCGCGGUUUCCCUAGACGGGCAGGCGUUCACGUGGGGCGACGCGCAAAACGGCUGUCUCGGUUUGGGGAAGGGGGUGAUCUCGGGGCAACAACCCGGACCGAGAAAAUUGGAGGAGAAUGGGUUUAACAAGAUAAGGGCUAGCAAAAUUACGUGCGGGUUGCAGCACACGGGGAUUGUUUCGGAAGAUGGGCAGCUGUUCAUGUUCGGAGCCGGGUGGUUUGGACGACUCGGAUUGAACACGAUGAACAAUGUGUAUGCCCCGACUUUGGUGCCUUUACCUCGGAAAGUGUCACAACUAGCAUUAGCGGCUUACCACACGCUAGUUGUGGAUGAAAAGAACGAUCUUUACGUGUGGGGACGAGACCGGUGUGUGUGCGAGCCGAUGGACUGCACGAUGCCGAAAAAAUUCACGCAGCUCGGCGAGUCGGUGAAAAUCAAAACGGUCGCGUGCAGGGAGGCACACAGCUUAGCCGUGACGCAGGAAGGGGAGGUGUACGUUUGGGGCGAGAACAAUUCCCACCAGCUCGGGCUGCCGAAAUCCAUGAUGCGGCUGCAGAUCCAGAUGCCGUAUCCUAUGUAAAAGCGUCCCCACCGCAUAGUCAAGAUGGGAAAUCGGCUAGACAAACCCACAAGUUUUCGGCUGUUUCGCAUGACAAAUUUGGACUCGUAGUGUAGGGCUGUUUGAGAUAGUUCAGCAGCAUAACAGAUCUAGUAUACCAUGCUGAUUGGAGCAUGACAAAUUCCAAAACGCGAGUAGAUAACGCUUCUCAUGGGGCUCCGCAUGAGAAACAUUCUCAGCAUGCAGAUCUGCAUUACAAUUGUGGGGUGGGGACGUUUUUAAAUUCCAGAUGCCGGAGCAGUUGAACAGUCUACCCGGGACGGUGUAUCAACUGCAAAAAUGCCUGGGUCUGGACGGAUGCGAGAUUUGUCAUGCUAGCCUGGCAUGACUCUGAAAUCUGUAUUGCGUGGCCGCAGAGACCUCCUCUUGCCUGCAAUGCAAAAACGCAGUUAGUUUCUCAUGCGGACUCCGCAACUCAGAACCAUGGAAAAACUUGUCAUGCUUAACAGCGCAUUACAGGGCGCUCCGCAUUCCGUUCCUUGCAUCACAAUUUCAUCCCAGACCCAGACGUAUUUGCAAUGCAUACGGUGGUGCAAUUAGCAACCGGUCCGAGUCACUCUUUGGGAAUCAUGUCGAACGGAGAAGUGUACGCUUGGGGGGACCAGUCGUGCGGGCGGUUGGGAUUAUCCGCGAUCCAAGAGCCUCGGUUUGUCGACGUCCCGACCAAAGUCGAACCGGUGUGGUCCAGCAUAGAGGCGAUGACAGCGGGGAGCCAGGGCAGGAAAUCCCAGGGGGAAGAGGAGGAUGACUCGCCCGCGGCAGAGGACGAUGACAAGGACAACGCUGCGGACGAAGCGGGGAUAUCCACAGAAAAAGACCCAUAGCCACGAUCCAUUUUCUAUUUCUGCAUUACAGACACAGGGUCUGACGCAUGUUGUGCAACACAAAUUGGAUGGGCAUGGAUCUUUUUCUGUGGAUAGUGCAAGGAAGGCGAGGGGGACGCGAAGGACCAAGGCCCGAGUGAGAAGGAUCAAUUGUUCAACGCGAUGCGGGAGGGCGCGGGGAUCAAGGAAAUGUCCACGAUCCAAUCGCUGAUCAAGCAAGAACCGCCGUCCGCAAAGGAAAUCGCACUUGGGCAGACCGAAGCGUCGUUGAAGAAGGAUUACGAGAUUUUUUUGAAGGACAUUCUCGUCAACGUCGCUGGGUUUGAGAGGCGGAAGAUGGAGAAGUUCACGGAUGUCGACGGCUCGUUCAAAACCACGACGAAAUUUCUCUCCAACGUGAAGCCACCAGACACGUCGAACAAAUCAACCGGGAAAAAGAAAACCAAUCCAAACAUGAAGAAAAUAACCGCACUGUUACCUCGGUUUGAGGAACUGGUUUGGAGUUUACAGCAGCAACCCGCGUAUUUAGCCGAGUUGUCGAUGCACAUCGGGGAUUUGGAGAAGGAGAAAAUCUUUUACCGAUUUGUCGGCGCUCUGUACAAGGAGUUGGACGACGAGAGAACGAAGCACCUGUUCAUGGCAACAUUGAAGGUUAUCCACAGUAAAUUUCCCGUACACGUACAAAUGCGGUCUUUGCAUGACAAAACUUGGCUUCGAUCCUAGUUUAGCAUAACAAGUUUUACGCUCCAAAUUGGUGAAAUUUGUGAUGCGUCUUGUAUAUGUACGGGAAAUUUAUAUUGCAUAAAGGUGAUGAUCAAGCACGAAGUGGAGGAAUGUAAAGAACCGUCGCAAGUGUUUCAGCCAGAUAGAUCGCGGGUGUUUCACUUGUUCAGCCAAUGGGCUCUGCAGCCGUAUUUUCGAGAAGAAGUGGUCCAUAGCAUCAUGGAUUUGUCGCGGAAAUCCGGUUUGAUGUGCACUUUGGAUCGGGGGGUUAAGGAAUUGUCCCACCACUUCUAUUUGACCAAAGACGAGUUCAUGCAGGCGAACGCGAACACAGGCGGGGAGAAGGACGCGCAGGAAUUGACCGUGGAAUUCAACUAUGCAUUGCAAAACCAAAAGCAUCGUACUAGUAUGAAUUGCAUUACAAAUUUUAUCAGAAAGAAAAAUGGUAUUUGUAAUGCUAAUUCAGGUAAAAAGGUAGGUUUGUCAUGCAAGAUUGCAAUUAGUACGAGGGCGAUACUUUUGCACAGGAUAGCAACGCGAAUUUGGAACGGUUCCGGGAGUACGUCCAGGGGGAAUUUCUGAACUGGCUGAGCAACUUGGAUUUACCUAUGGAUAUCCAGAAAAUCAUGUUCCACGCUUUACAGACGAUCAAAGCGAGAAGGUUCACGGUGACGCAAGAUGAUAUCACGAUCGGUAUUCACAGUAAAUUUCCUGUACACGUACAAAUGCGGUUUCUGCAUGACAAAGCUUGCCUUUGAUUCUAGUUAGCAUGACAAGUGGCAUGCUCUAAGUUGGGGAAAUUUGUCAUGCAUUUUGUACGUGUGCGGGAAAUUUCCUGUGGAUAAUCGGGCUGGAUUUGCAACUUUGUGAGCCUUUAGCUAGGUUGUUCGUUCUCGGGAUACUCCUCCCGCAGUUUGAAAACUUCGCGUUUUACUCUGGGAAGAUCCAGGGUUUGGGGAAUCCGGCACAGUUAGCAGUUGCGGCAGAUGGCUCGAUCAAGAACAAUGUGAAGAAAAUCUCAAUAUUUUUGAAAAAACUCGUGAUGAAGACCUUUGUGGAAGCGACGGAGAAGCAGCUGUCGAUAAUUUCGCGGCAGGUGAAACCGGCGUUCUAUGGAUGUGUCAGAGUUGAAAUCGACAAAGUUGAAAUGACUUGUAAUGCAUAAAAUCGAUACCAGUUUCGAGCCCAAUUUAUUCUAAGCAGCGCAUGACAAAUUUUCCGAGAACUGGAAUCCAAUUUGUCAUGCUGUUUGGGGACAGAAGACCGCUUUUGUCAUGCUACUUUAGCAGCUCUAUCCCAAACCCCAAACAAGCCGACAACCGGCCUCGCUUGCAAUCCCUGCAAGACAGUCACUUCGUGCCUUGCAUUUUAUGCAUCGCAGAUUAAGUAUUUCAAAUUCAACUUUGUCGAGAUCAAUCCUGACACAUCCAUACGCUGCUCCAGUUCUGUAAAGAGCAGUCGACGAAAUUGACCGACGACACGGACACGCAGGUGACGAUUGACGUUUUCAUAUGCUGUGCAAAAGUAUCGUACUCGUAGUAAUCGCAGAUAUGCAUGACAAAUCUUCCUCCCAAGGUAAAACAGCACUACAAAUCCCACUUUUCUUCUUGCCAAAAUUAUUUGUAAUGCAAUUUAAACUAGUACGUUACUUUUGCAAUGCAUAUUUCACGAGUCACUACGACUGCCAGGAGCACUUGGUGCAACUCCGAACGUCGGAUUUGUUGAAUGUCACCUCAUUACUCCUAGAGCACGAGUCGAAGAUUGGUUUGACGGAAGAAGAUUAUUUGGUGAUGGAAUUGAUCCCCCCCUUCGCGGACGUAGUGACGGAAGAGGUGAUAAAAUCCAUCACUGCGAAACCGGACACAGAUGUCAUUUACAACUUCAAAAUGAACGCAAGAUUCCUAUUGACGAGUCCUUCUAUGGUUUUCUGCAAAACGAGUAAAGCCCCUGUGCCGAGGAGAUUGUCCGCGGAAACGAGUUCUGGUGGGGAGGAGGAUUCGAUCGAGGUGGUCAAAGCGUAUUCUAUAUCCCGUGCAAAAGUAUCGCACUCGCAGUGAUUGCAUUUAUGCAUUACAAAUCUCGUUGCCAAAGCAAAUCAGCAUGACAAAUGACAAAUUCCAUUUGAUGUCAUGCUGACCGAAUUUGUAUUGCAAUUACUACUAAUACGAUCCUUUUGCAAUUCAUAUUCUAUGCCCGAGGAUCCGAACGACCCGAGGGCGGUGUUGCAGGAUUUGUGGAACGCUUUGCCCGCGUUGGAGUCGACGAAUUUUAAGGACAUGAAAUUGGAGUUUGAGAUGCUGAAAAAGCAAUACGCGAACAUGACACCGCCGGAUUACAUAUGCACUGCAAAAGUAUCGCACUAGUAUAAACCAGCCAUGCUCCGGCUGCCGCCGGAGCGCAAGGCUGUUGGGCCGGGGCAAGACUGUUUGCCGAUCGGACCACAACCCCGCGGGCCUAUGCACAACGAAACAUAUUGCGCCUCGCCAACCCGCAGGACCACUUGCGCGCUUCCCGCGCCUGUGGGCGCUCUGCGCAGGGAGCAGCUGCAAAGAACACCGGGGGCGAACAGAAGCCGCCCGGCGGGAGAGGGUAGCGCGAGAGGGUGGCGCGAGAGGGUGCGCGAGAGGGUGGCGCAAGAGGGUGGCGCGAGAGGGUGCGCGAGAGGAUGGCGCGGAAAGGCGCCGAACAAAACAGCUCCGCGAAGGAAUGGCCUGCAGUGCCAAAUAUGGGCAGUGCCAUGCGGAUUCGCGCCCGCUUCUUUGUGUUUUACCCUCUCGCAGACCUCUCGCAGACCCUCUUUUUGACCUCUUUUGGGGGUCCCCGCUAAUAGUCCGGCUAUACUCGCGGGUAGAGGUCGACAGAGGUGGCCGAGAGGUGGCCAAGAGGGUCCGCGAGAGGUCGCCCCUUAUUCGCGCCACCUCUCGCCACCUCUGUCGACCUCUCGCGCUCCCUCUUUUUGACCUCUCUGCACCCUCUGUGCCACUUAGGCGGCGCCUAAGGGUGGGCCCUUACUGCGGGCCUUAUUCGCGCGCCCUCUCGCGGACCCUCUCGAACGGGGUCCCGCGCCACCUCUCCACCUCUGUCGACCUCUUUUCUACCUCUGUCGGCCUCUUUUUUACCUCUCGGCCACCUCUCUGGGACCCUCUGUCUACCUCUUUUUUCGCAUUAAUAUAAUGUAUAAGUAAUCGCAUUACAAAUUAGCUCAGCACUACAAGUACAAAUCAAAUCUGUAAUGCUGUUUUGCCUUAGGAGGGAGAUUUGUCAUGCAUGACAGCAAUUACUACGAGUGCGAUAUUUUUGCAGUUCAUACUACGUUUUGACGAAGAAAAUCGAUACCGGGAUUGGAAAAUUAGACGAAUUAAUCCUAGCGGACACGCAAACGGUGGACGUCUUCGCCUACAUAGUUGAGCAGCUCCUGAUGCGGGACCGACACCGGAUUUACCUAGAAAACGUUGACUCCGGCCGGAGAGAAAUCCGGGAAGCGCGCGCAACCUACUACGAGAAAUCAGAGCGGGUUUUGGUUGAACUGGCGUUGAUGAAGAAGUUCUGCACGGACCCGAAACUUCCGAAGGUCUUGACGGAUACAGCCUACGAGGUCGCGGGCGCCCGGUGGAACAUGAACACGGUGGCACAGAAAAUCGCGACGCUGCGGACUGUGGAGCCGGACGACAUCCCAGAGGGCGCGAGCUUCAACCCGCAGAAGACGUUAACUCUAGGGCAGUUGUACACGCAGAAGGUGGUGAAGUCGAUCACCCAUCCGGAUUUGGACCCUUUGCCAGAGAAGCGGAAAAAGAAGGAGUUGCAGUUCAUAUGCAAUACAAAUUUCCCGCACAUGUGCAAGAUGCAUCACAAAUUUCGUAAAUUUGCAUUUGGAGUGUAACACUUGUCAUGCUAAACUAGGGUCGGAGCCAAGUUUUGAUUUUGUCAUGCAGAGACCGCAUGGAUUUGCAUUGCUCGCGUGCGGGAAAUUUACUGUGGAUAGUUCACGUUCUCGUUCAACAGCAUCGCGGAGUUGGAGAUCGUGGUGAUUUUGAACGCACCGAAAACCACCGCGAUGAUCACGAAAUUGAAAGUCCCCGUGACGGUGUUAACCGAUUUGAACAAAAAAGCAUCUGCUGCGGAGGGCGGCGGGGGUGGGAAGGAGAGUGGCGAGGGGGAAAGUGCGACUUUG